AUGCCGCCGACAGAAAGCGCGCGGGCUCUGCGCAUCCUCGUCGCCUCGUCCAUUCCCUCGCCAAUCGAGGAGCCCUUCCUUUCCACCCUUAUCGCCCAGAAGAACAUCGCCGUGCGAAGUAUUGUCGACUCCGCAGAGUGGAAGACAUCAACCCCGUAUGCGUCCAUCCCCAAUGUCUCAACCGACCGAUCGCAGCCGUGCCGGCCUUUCAGCGACCACGAUGACGUUCACCGCACCGCCGCUGAGCUCUGCGCGUGGGCCGAUCUCCUCGUCCUCGCCCCCAUGGACGCAAACACACUUGCAAAAAUGCUGCAUGGCGUCACCGAUAGCCUGAUACUCGAGAUUCUGAGGAGCUGGGAUGUUUCAAAACGAACGCUGCUAGUGUUGGGCAUGUCUACCCUGAUGUGGGAGAACCCGAUGACGAAAAAGCAAAUCAGCAAGAUCCGGCGGAAGUGGAAUUGGGUACGGGUGCUCCAUCCCCUGCUCUGGACUUUUGAAUCGAAAGGCAAGAGAUACCUGCCGUGGGAGGGGAGGGAAGAGCUCAUGGGCGCGAUUCAAAAUCAGUUGGAUCUCAUGACGCUUGGACAGGAUGUGGACGUGUCAAUGGGCCAGACCCCCAAGCACAGCCUCUCCCUCAGGCCCGCAGCGAAACCUUCCAGCCCACUUCCGCCCGAGAUCUGGUCGAUGAUUCUAGACUUCACCGGUGACUGGGAGCUGGCGAAGAGAUUGAACGUGUACACAACUUUGCCCACGCCCCAAUGCUGGCUGCGAGCAGCCAGCAAAGAGGGUCCGCACAGUUUCAUGGAUAAGCUGGAAUGGGCCAUUCUUACAGGCACGCUGGACGAUGUCAAGCACCUUUUUAAUACACACACUGCUCCGCAAUGGCUUUCGUCCCAAGCCGUUCGAAUCAUCAUGCGCUUUGCCAUGGUUCCCCUGUUGUAUUAUUUGGAGUCGAACCACGCAGACUUAUUCUGGGCGAGCUUUGGUCAUGCCUUUUUGCCCGACAAGGCAUCUGCCGUCUUCGGCCGGGUCGAGAUCUUGGAAUACUGGCGAACUUCACCGACUUUCUUGAACAAAGAAUACACAGUGGAUGCUAUUGACGGUGCUAGUCGGGCCGGCUUCGUGCACAUUCUAGAGUGGUGGCGGAACUCAGGGCUGCCAAUGAAAUACAGCGAAGCUGCCCUGGAGCAGGCUAGUAGCAGAGGUCAAAUCGAAGUGCUCGAGUGGUGGAAGAGGGCCAGCAUGCGCGACGAUGGCCACGUGCGGACCAGCGGCGACGAGUCGGAGCCGGAGGGUAGCGUCCCACCUACUCGCAAACCGUUGCGUCUCAAGCCUGGCAAAGCAAUCUCUUUCGCAACGCAGGCAGGGUCGCUCUCAACGUUGCGCUGGUGGGUCACAUCGACGAUCCCCUUCUCUCACGAGGACACGGUCGCGAAGCUAGCCUCAACGCACGGCCACGUCGACAUUCUCGACUUUUGGCAAUUGCUCCACGGCGAGAAAAUGAUUUACGACAACCAAGUACUUGUGGGUGCCACCAAGAUGGGGCAUCGCGACGUGUUGGAAUGGUGGAAGAAGAGUGGGCUGAGGGUCGAGUACAAGACGUGCGAUAUCGAGGAGGCCCUAGAGGAUGGUGUUGAGGGCGUCAAGGGCCAACAGGUCAGGCGCUGGUGGGCGCUUAACGGUUUGAAUCUGGGCGUUGGGACGAGUGAAUGGAUGAGGACAAAAGUGCUAAAUCAAAGUUGA